AAUACAUCUUUCUAGGUUGGGAAGCAAUUGAAACAAACUAUUCAUCCAGAUCUACAUAAAAAUGCCUGAGAUGAAAGUACCAUGCCUUUAGAAAUAACAUUUCCUUAUAAGUCAGAAAAGUAAAGUGAUACAAAACCAAGAUACAAGACUUUCCAAAGGAAGCUAUUAUUUUGGUAGAGGAAAGUAGAAUACAAGCGUCUGUGACAGUUUGUGAAGCAGUCACUUCAGUUCGUUGAAUGCCUAAGUAUGAUGUUUACUUUCACCAUCCUUUUGUUUCUGUUAGUCCUUCAUGGGGUGGCUUUGGAAACAUUCCUGGCACAGAUAUCUACAAGAAGGUCAAGGACUACAAAAAUGCUGUAGAACCAGAGGGUGUGAAGAUCCUCAAGUUUUCAAGUCCAAUUUUUUAUGCUAACAUCGAUGGACUGAAAAGCAGCCUCAAAUCCACAGUGGGAUUUGAUGCAGUCAGGGUAUACAAUAAGAGACUCAAAGCACUGAGGAAGAUACAAAAACUGAUCAAGAAAGGGAAAUUAAAAGCUACUAAGAAUGGCAUCAUCAGUGAGCCUGGCAUUAGUAAUGAAGCUUUUGAGACUGAUGAGGAACCUGAAGACAACGAAGAUCUUCAAGUUCCCACCAAAGAAGUAGAGAUCCAAGUAGACUGGAAUUCAGAACUGCCGGUCAAAGUAAACAUCCCCAAGGUGCCCAUCCACAGUCUCAUUCUUGAUUUUGGAGCAGUAACCUUCUUGGAUAUUGUAGCUGUGAGAUCAAUAAGAACGAUUAUUAGAGAGUUUGAGAGAAUUGAUGUGAGAGUAUACUUCGCUUCAUAUCAAGACAACCUUAUAUCUCAAUUGGAACGAAGUGCCUUCUUUGAUGACAUUGUCAGAAAAGACAUGUUCUUCCUGACUGUCCAUGAUGCUGUGCUCUACAUACGGAAUCAAAUGGCAUACAGUGACAACCAGGAUCCCAUAUUUGAGAAGAUUUCACUCAUGCAAGAAUCUAAAGAACCUAUAGAAUUCACAGAAACAAUCCGGCCUGCUGAUGAGCUUGACGUUCAGGAAGAGGCUAUGCGCAGACUUGCAUCAUGAAGAUGGACUGCUGGUACCGUCUUACUCACUGCAAUAUUUAUGCACCAGUACUACAUAAGCAUUUUCUGCAAUGAAACCAAUCUUGGCACUUGAAGAAAACAAUGAUUCUUUAUCUGAAUGAUACAGAUCUCAAGAAUUCUCCAAAUUUUAGCUAAUACUAUCUCUGAAGUAUUCUGGACCUUGAUUCAGCAAGCACUUUCUAGUAUGAUACAUUGGAAAAAAAAUCAGAAGACUAAUAUGAAAUGUAUUCAAUUCUGGGGCUAGUCAGGCAGAAGGUGCAUUACGUUGUUAUGUCAGAGUGUACAGGAAGAAAAGCUGCUUUGUGCUCCGCCCUCAGAAGUUGAAAAGAAGUUGAAGAUCUUUGGAUCACAGGCCUUUUGCUAUGUAUUUGCACAAUGUCUAGUGAGAGGGUGAGAGUUCUAGCUGGCCAAGGUUUGGCAAUUCUAGAAAAUUUGUGCAACCAUCUUGAAAAACAUACCUGGAAUGUUCUUUCCAGGCAGUUCCUUAAAUUGCUACAGGUUGAUGGAUAGCUGAAAUGGGUGACAGGAAACAGCCACAUGAACAGGAAACUGCACUGAACUACAAAAAAAACUUUGAAUACAGUAACCUUCAUUAGCAAAUAUGUUUGGAUAUGGGUUUGUUAGCUCUGUAUUAAGCCCAUUGUAGCAAAUCAUGCACCACUAUUAAUGAUUUUCCCUAAAAUGAAGUAUAUACAGAUGAUUUUGGCUAUAUAUCUUUCAUCAAGAGUUAGAUUGGGACCCAGACUGAAUCAACGAAAACCUUAAUUCUCAAGUACUUAGUGAGUUACUUAAUGGAUGCUACAGAAUGCAAGUAAGAGAGUCAAAAUGUCACCUAGUAUAAAGGUUUUUAACUAUGAAAUAUAGAAGUUUAAGUAGUUUAAUGAAUGAUUCUAUUUUUAUAUAGCAUAUUUUUUUCUUUUAAUAUUCUACAUCAAACUGCUGCUGUUCUUUUGCAGGACAUGUAUAGACAUUUGACAGUCCAUAAUGCACAAGUGCAAUAAUUUACAGAAGAUAAGGGAGUUGAACUUUAAUCCUUAUUUUAGGACUACAUAAAAUAGAUAUGCAGUAAAUCAGUGAUCUUAAUUUCAUGAAGAAACAUUUGUUUGAUGGAAAACAGACUGCUACCUUAACAUUUUAGCACUAUAUUAUUUUUUAAUGGAAAAACGAACAAACAAAAAACCCAAAUCUUUGCACAAUGAGGGAUUAUAUAAUAGCAGAAGUAUAAGAAAUGUCCAGGUAUAAUGUCCCCUCAGUAUUUAAGCUUCCCUGUUGUUGGCAUUUAUGUUGAUAUUUGUUAAAUCUCUUUAUUUGAUAACAUCAGAGAAUUUUUCUGAUAUCAUACUGCACUGAGAAAAUUUUUGCUGCAAGUAAAGUUAGUGGAAAAUCUCAGGUGAAAAGCUAAGCACUAAGUACAUAUUCUGCCCUACAGACCUGAGUGAACUCCAUUAAGAUCUUUCUAAAAAAAACCUAUAAAUUUCAAUCAGUUGGACAGGAUCCUCACAUAGUGGGUAGAGGCAUCAAACUGACAUCUUUAUUCCCUAAUAAAUGCAAAAAACUUCAGUUCUAAUGACAAUCGGUGUCAUUUUUUCAUUUCAAAUGCAAUGGGGGUUUGAUCCUCAGAGAAGCUGCUGUUACAGACCAAGCCAGUGAAAACAUGACUUUUUAUUUACUGUUAGGCAAAUGCCCUUUGUGUGCCAGACUGACAUCUCCAUGAGCUGAAACUAGGUACAUGCUUAGGAGCCAAGCCAGACUGACCUGCACCUCCUGAGAUGGAAGUCUUGCUUUAUAUUUACAUUAAUGCCGAGGCUCAAGCUGGAACUUGACAGUGUGUACUCUUAGCACUACCCAUCUUCAGUCUCACCCCUUUCCUGGCAGUGUAACUCAGGAGAUGGCUCUUCUGCAACAUCACUGACAAAGCUUCUGUGUCAGGCCAUGGCCCCAGUCUGUAUUAACCUGAAUAUAAAGCACUAUUGCCAGUGUGUGCAGCAGGACAAGGCCAGUAGCAUUUCUCAGAGGCUGUACUGCUUUUCUAAAGCUGUAUUGCUUUUCUUUAGCCCUGCAGAGAAGGACGUGGGGGUCCUGGUGGAUGAAAAGCUUAACAUAACUAGCAGUGUGUUCCUGCAGCUUGGAAGGCAGAUGGUAUUCUGGGCUCCAUUAGAAGAGGAGUGGCCAGCAGGGACAGGGAGGUGAUUGUCCCUCUCUGCUCUUGUGAGGCCCCAUCUGCAG